UCCACAAGUACUUUACCUGUGUUCCAACAGUUUACAGCUCCAUAACCUUAUCCCCCCACCCAAAAUGGCCAUUUCCAGUUCUCCAGACUGGUCCUUGGCUUCAACUGAUUCCUACACAUCGAAAACCAGAAAAUUUGGUCUCUUUUCAUCAUGCAAAACCCUUCACUUUGUCUCCUUCCCCACCUCCAACCUUCCAUUAUUCCACAUCUACUCCUCAGGCUGUCCAUCUCCUAUCCUAGAGGAUGCAUCAACCAAUGUGCCCAGCACCAAAUUGGAACUUAAAUUCCAAGGUUCUCAACAGUUCUCUCUUCCGGAUUUGGAUAACUUAAAUAGUUUUUUGUGUGGGUUAUUGCAAGAUACUCAAAAUGAACGACUAGCAUAUGAUUACUAUGAGAAAGCAAAACGAAGGCCAGGGUUCAUACCAGAAAAACCAAUGUUACAGCUUCUAAUCAGAUUAAUUAAUGCGUGUAUUAGAGCUAGAAAAUUCAAGGUUGUGGGGACUUUGCUUCAAGUGUUUAAAUCAGAUAAGGUAGUUGCUCUCAUUGCAUUUAAUUCAGCGAUGGCAGGUUAUAAUAAGUUGCACAUGUUUAGAAGCACAAUUGCUGUAUAUGAAACAAUGAAAUUCAAUGGAAUUUUUCAGGAUGCGGAAUCUUAUUGCCAGAUAAUGGAAGCUUAUCAGCACCUUGGUGAUAUGGACAAAGUUGCAGCAUUCUUUGAUGAAUUUGAAAGUAGGAAGUUAGAUUUGACACCAGCUGCACCUCGUGUUUACAGUAUCCUAUGUGAGUCAUUGGGGAAAUCAGGUCGAGCUUAUGAAGCUCUUGAAUAUUUCAGAGACAUGACAAAGAAAGGAAUUCCUGUGAGUUCUUCGGUUUACUCUUCCUUGAUACGCUCAUUUGCGAGCAUUCGCGAUUUAACUGUGGUCGAAGAACUAUUCAAAGAGGCGGCGGAGAGGAGGAUGGUAAGGGAUCCAGAAGUGUUUUUGAAACUUGUAUUGAUGUACAUAGAUGAAGGGUUGCUAGAAAAAACUUUGGAAAUUGUGAGGGUGAUGGAGGAUGCCAACAUAAAGGUUUCUGAUUGUAUUUUUUGUACAAUAGUCAAUGGCUUCUCCAAAAGGAGAGGGUAUCAAUCCGCUAUUGUAGUUUAUGAGGAGCUGCUUUCUCAAGGCUGCAAACCAGGUCAAGUAACUUAUGCGUCUAUCAUAAAUGCCUACUGCCGUAGUGGUCUCAACUCGAAAGCUGAAACGGUAUUUUCAGAGAUGGAGGAGAAGGGGUUUGAUAAAUGUGUUGUGGCAUAUUCGAGCAUGAUAGCAAUGUAUGGGAAAACAGGGAGGAUAAGAGAUGCAAUGAAGCUUGUGGCUAAAAUGAAACACAAAGGGUGUCAGCCCAAUGUAUGGAUUUAUAAUUCUUUGAUGGACAUGCAUGGGAGAGUGAAGAACUUGAGACAGGUGGAGAAGCUUUGGAAGGAAAUGAAGCGGAGAAAGACGGCACCAGAUAAAGUUAGCUACACUACUAUCAUCAGCGCUUACAGUCGAGCAAGGGAGUAUGAGAUGUGCCUUAAAUGCUACCAGGAGUUUAGACUGAACGGGGGUUUGAUUGAUAAGGCUAUGGCUGGCAUCAUGGUUGGUAUUUUCUCUAAAACAAGUCGGAUUGAUGAGUUGGUGAAGCUUCUGCAGGACAUGAAAGUUGAAGGAACUCAGUUAGAUGGAAGGCUAUAUCAUUCAGCUAUGAAUGCCUUGAGGGAUGCUGGGUUGGAAACACAGGCUAAAUGGUUGCAAAAGAAUUUUGAUGCUAAGUAGAUUACAUGCUGUGUGGUGCUCACAAGAAUGGCACUUCACCCUCCCAAAUGUUGAAAUCUGGGGUAUAUUGUAUAUAAAACAUAUAUUGAAGAUCUAACUUGUAUUGCUUCCAGCUUUUCAAACCCAAAACGCUUUGUUAUCAUUAAUUGUGAUUGUUUGAUUUUCAAGCUACAUUCAUUAAGAAAA